CAGAAGCUAAUCGUUCGAUGUCUGGAAAGCCUCUUUCCUCCUGACAGACCGGAUCUUGUCAUUCAACUUUUCAAAGAAGCCGCUGUUCAACCAAUGAAACGCCCAAUUCAAUUGAGCAAUUUGGAGUUUCGUGAUCUCUGUGAAGUGUACGAGAGGAUAUGCGCUGCUAACGAGAAUGUCUUUUCCUACGAAUUCCGAACACCUCAAAAUCUCCCUGAAUGGCACGCAAGAAGGAAAACUCAACGUGAGAUACUCAAAGAACCCAUCACUGCAGAAAAUGUUCGCAAACAGAUGUACAAAUAA